AUGGAGCCCAGUUUUGAUACUUGGGACUUUGCCGUGCUGAUUAUCAUAUUGGCAAUAUCGGCUAUGAUUGGCAUUUAUUAUCGCUAUACGGGCGGAAAGCAGAAAACAAUCAAAGAAUACCUCCUGGCCGAUCAGAGUAUGACUACAUUUCCGGUUGCUGUGAGCUUGAUGGCGAGCUUUAUGUCCUCCAUCACGCUACUUGGUGUUUCCAGUGAAAGUUAUCAAUUUGGUACCAUGUUUUGUAUAAUCAAUUUGGCGUACAUCAUAAGCACACCGAUUGCAGCAUAUUUAUUCCUACCGGUCUUUUAUCGCAUGCGCACCAUGAGUGUUUAUGAAUACUUGGAACGUCGCUUUGGUCACUCAACACGUCUCGYCGCYUCGAUUGCCUACUCYAUACAGAUGAUACUYUAYAYGGGYAUUGUACUUUAUGCGCCAGCGUUAGCACUCGAAGCUGUUACCGGUGUGAGCAAAGCAGCCGCUAUAUUGGUUAUUGGUUUAAUUUGUACCUUCUACUCGACAAUUGGUGGCCUAAAAGCUGUGCUUAUAACGGAUGUAUUUCAAUCGCUUUUAAUGUUCGCKGCCAUUUACGCAGUAAUCGUGGUGUCGGCAAUCAAAGCUGGUGGUUUGGCGCCAAUUUGGCAAGUUGCCGAGGAGCGUMAUCGUAUAUAUUUUACGGACUUUUCUCUGGAUCCCACUGUGCGACACACGUGGUUGAGUCUCAUUGUUGGUGGUAUGGUGACUUAUAUGUCAUUGUAUGGUGUCAAUCAGGUGCAAGUGCAACGUUUAUUGAGUGUACGCAAUUUGAAGAGCGCCCAGGCGGCACUAUGGUGGAAUUUGCCCAUUUUGAGUUUGCUCAGUUUCAGCACAUUGUUCAGUGGUUUAGCGAUAUUUCACUAUUACAGAAAUUGYGAUCCGCUACUGGAGGGUAGAAUACAAUCAAGAGAUCAAUUGAUGCCUUUAUUUGCGGUGGAUACAAUGGGUCAGUAUCCAGGCUUAUGUGGUCUCUUUGUAUCGGGUAUCUUCUCCGCCAGUCUCUCGACUGUUUCAUCAGCCGUCAGCUCGCUAUCGACUGUGACRUUAGAAGACUACAUCAAACCAUUGUAUAAACACUUUACGAAAACACCGUUACAUGAAACAAAAUCAACACUGCCAAGUAAAAUCAUGGCCUGCAUUUAUGGGCUUGUCUGCAUCGGGAUGGCUUUCACCGCUAGUUCUAUGGGUGGCGUUUUACAAGCAUCUCUCACCAUUUUCGGUGUAAUUGGUGGACCAUUGUUGGCUCUCUUCACACUCGGCUUAUGUACGACGCGUGCGAAUCAACGUGGCGUACUUUUGGGCCUACUAAUCGGUUUCAUAUUUUCCUUCAUUAUCGGUUUCGGUGGUCCGAAACAACCGCCAACCCCAUUAGAUUUUAAAGAUGAUGGUUGCCCAACUGCUGGGAAUGGUAAUAUGACUUUGGUCGCCGCGGCCCUUACACAGACGUUUAAUACAACAACCGCACAACCAAAGACAGCGUCGCCAGCAAUUGAAUAUAAUUGGUUUUAUAGAUUGUCAUACUUGUGGUUCUCCGUAAUUGGUUUUUUAAUAACCAUAAUUGGAGGUUAUGUUUUAAGUUUGCUAUUGGAGGUGUUGAAAUGGGCUGACAAUAAACAAAUCUAUCUAGAUAGUCAGCAGAUCGAUGUAGACUUAUUCAUACCACCGUUAGCGCGUAGAUUGAGGAGGUGUGACAUUGAAGAAAUGACAAAGUUAUAAAGCGCUUUCCGAGCUAUCACCAAAACAACAAAUUACUUAAUUAUAGGUGACACUGCGAAAAGUAUUUAUGUAUAUAAAAAAGUAAUUAAUUUCAAUUCGCUUUGGUUGCUUAAUUUUAAGAUUAAUUGAUUGAUUUAGUAAAAGUUGAGCGCUCUACAUAGCAUUUAUUUACAAAAAAGUGGAGCCAAAACAGUUUUUUACCCCAAAUUCCAGCCAAUUUGAGGCUAACGUAGUACAAUAAUAUUACUACAUGCAGAUUUUAAUAUUAAAUUUUUUUUUAGCAUCGAGGUUUAUAAAAAACUUAUUUAUCACUUAUUACAAAUUAUUUUUAAUGGACUACAACCCCUAAGAAAUGUAUAUGAUAUAAAUUACAAGGAGCUUAUACUUAAUUAUUCAAACACUUUCGGUCUGAAAUAUUGAAAAUUAAGUUUCUAUGCUUUUAAAGCUUAAAAAGAAUGAAAGCUUUAGAGAAAUUUAAUUUUUUAAGUUAAAAGCUCACAAUUUUGCAUUUCAAAGUAGUUGGUCCCAUKAAGUACUCUAUAUUUCAAUACUAGCAUGGUUUCAAGAAUUAUGAAAUCACAAUAGUAUGUUCUCAAGGCGACCUUAACCUAAAAAUUAAUUAUUAUUAUAUAAAUAAUUUUCUUUAAAAUUUAAWUAAUUAAGUAAGUUCGUGAUUACCUCUUAUUAUGUUUAAUAGUCUUUCUAAUAUU